AUGGGGACUACAAACUACACAGCUGUGACAGAAUUCAUUAUUUUGGGGUUAACAGGGGAUACUACACUUUGUGUCAUUUUAUUUAUUGUGUUUCUAGGAAUCUAUGUUGUCACCUUAAUGGGUAAUGUCAGCAUAAUCAUGUUAAUCAGAAGAAGUCCUCAUCUUCAUGCACCCAUGUACCUUUUCCUCUGCCAUUUGGCCUUUGUAGACAUCGGAUACUCCUCUUCAGUCACACCUGUCAUGCUUGUGGGUUUUCUCAGGAAAGGAGCCUUUCUCCCUGCUAUUGGCUGUGUGGCUCAGCUCUGUUCUGUGGUGACAUUUGGGACAGCUGAGUGCUUCCUGCUGGCUGCCAUGGCCUAUGAUCGCUAUGUGGCCAUCUGCUCUCCUCUCCUUUACUCCACCCACAUGUCCCCCAGAUUCUGCAUCAUUUUAGUGGGAGCUUCCUAUCUGGGGGGAUGUGUGAAUGCUUGGACAUUCAUUGGCUGCUUGUUAAACCUGACCUUCUGUGGGCCAAAUAAAGUCAAUCAUUUUUUUUGUGACUAUUCACCACUUUUGAAGCUUUCUUGUUCUCAUGAUUUUACUUCUGAAAUAAUUCCAGCCAUUUCCUCUGGCUCUAUCAUUGUGGUCACUGUGUUCGUCAUAGCCGUCUCCUACAUCUACAUCCUCAUCACCAUCCUGAAGAUGCGCUCCAGGGAGGGGCAACACAAGGCCUUCUCCACCUGCACCUCCCACCUCACUGCAGUCACUCUGUUCUAUGGGACCAUCACAUUCAUCUAUGUGAUGCCCAAGUCCAGCUAUUCAACUGACCAGAACAAGGUAGUGUCGGUGUUUUAUACGGUGGUGAUCCCCAUGUUGAACCCCCUUAUCUAUAGUCUCAGGAACAAGGAGAUCAAGGAGGCUCUGAAGAGACAGUUUAGAAGAAAAAUAUUUUCUUAA